AUGGGGGCUCUGAAAUUGAUCCAGAGCUUCAACAAGUUCCCCAAAGAAAUUUUCCGUGUAAAUAAUGGUAUCUCCGUGAAAGCACGUGCCUGGUCACCGCAGCGCCGUGUCUAUGACAUUGUUGCUGAUGGUGGCCUGGUCAUGCCGAAGGCGCUCAACCCCACGACCUAUACUGCCCCUAAUGGAGUAUCGCUGCGACCCAACUCACCGUACCAGCAGUCACUAGUGUCUUGGAGGUUUCGAGGCCAAGAUAUUCGUAUAUAUGCCGUCCCUCAAGGAACUGAAAUUCCCAAUGAUCUUAUCUUGGUUCAUGAACGCUCUGAUCAUUAUUCUCUCCAGCCAGCCACUACAAUGACCCUUGAGCAUUUCAACAUGAGAGUAACUCAGUUUCUGACGAGUAAUUCAACUGUAUUCACACAGGAAGCAUGGAUUCAAGCGUACCCCAACGCCACGGAUAACUCCUGA